AUGGCCUUCAGAAAUAUUUAUACAGGUGGUGCUUGCACUGCUGAUGGAACUUAAUAGAUGAGUCAAAAUCCAUUCAAGCAAUUUAUGGAUAGAAUGCUGUUUGGCCAAACAUAACAAUAAUAAAUAUAAUAAUAGAUAAAUGUUCAAUAAGAUCCUAUGGUCCAAUAGAAAUUACAAGAGCGUUAAAGAUUGCUUGAAAGCAUGAAUCAAUAAUGGGAUACCAUGGCCAAACAAUAUGAUUAAGCAAAUGUGGAAUAAAGAUUUAUGAUGGAAAAGAUGUUUGUGGAAGAGCAAAGGAAAUAUGAGUAAGCAAUGAUACAGUAGUAAAUGAUGAUGGAUUUUCAAUGGCAACAAGCAGAAAUCUAAUAUCAAGCAGAUCAAAUGGCUCAAGAAUAUUUAUUUUAGGAAGCAUAUGAAAAUGCAGAGGAUGUCUAGGCUUAGAGUGAAAAAUCAUAAAGGUUUGCUGAUGACCUAGUCUAAGCUCUAGAAAAGGAUCCUGAUCCUAGAUUUCAAUAGUCUAAAUUUUUGAGAUUUAUGAAGGAUAUCUAGAAUGGAAAUCUAAAAUUAGUGGGCAAUGAAUUGCUCACUUAGAAGGGUGAUAAAGUAGAAUAGUCAGCUUUGGAGAGAAUCCAAACAUUGGAAGAAGGAUGGGAUUAGGCCACAAAGAAUGUUGAAUAAAAGUAAUCAGAUCUAACAGAAGUUGAAGAGAAGUUCUCUAAAAUGUGGGAUGAAAAACUAGAAAAAUAUGAAAGUGAAUUAUAAAAUGAAGAUCAAUUUUAAAAGAAGCUUGAAGAUACCUAUUAAUAAAUACUUAAGGAAAUGGAUACAGGAACAGACUUUGAUAAAAUGUUCUCUGAAGCCUGGUAAGCAGCAUCAGAUUUAUAGGAAUUUGAACUCUAUAAAGAUUCUAAUGAUACUUAUAGAUUUUAAGAAAAUAACAAAUAUUUGGCCAUGGAUUUUCCUUUAUAAGCAGCUUUGAAUUUAGUGCAUCAAGGUUAGAAUACAGAAGCAAUCCUUGCUUUGGAAGCUCACAUUUAAAAGAAUCCAACAGAUUCCAACGCUUGGAGAAUUUUGGGUAGAUUACAUCAAGAAAAUGAUCAAGAUCAAAGAGCUGUGGCUGCCUUCUUGAAUGCUAUGAAAUAAAACCCAAAUGAAUUAGAUACCUUGAGUGCCUUAGGUAUCUCUUGCACAAACAUUUUGGAUGAAGUCAAAGCAAUGUCCUUUUUAAAAUAAUGGUUAAUUAGAAAUCCAAAUUACAAGGUGCCUGUUGAUGAUAGUAUUGUGCCAGACAACACAAAUAUCUAUGAUUAUACUUUAGAUUAAAUAAAAUGCAUGAAUGCAAGAAUGAUUUAAGUAUUUGAAGCAGCUCAUUAACAAGGACCUAAUGAUGUUGAAUUGUUGAAUGGAUUAGCUGUACUUUAUUUCAUUGAAAGAAACUAUUAAAAAUCAGUUGAGAUCUUUAAGAAGGCACUUCAAAUUGAACCCAAAAAUUACUAGAUUUGGAACAAAUUAGGAGCCACCCUUGCACAUCUUGGUGAAGCAGAUUAAGCCAUGUUUUGCUAUCAUAGAGCAUUGGAUCUUAGACCUAAUUACGUGAGAGUUUGGGUCAAUUUAGCAUUUGCCUAUUCUUACAAGGGAGAAUAUUUGGAUGCAGCAAGAUUGUAUCUAAGUGCCCUUAUGAUUAAUCCAUAAGCUAAACAUAUUUGGGGUUAUCUAUAAACAGCAUUCCUAUAACUAUAACGACCAGACUUAAUUUCAAAGAUUUAACAUUACGAUCCUAUGUUAUUCAAGGAUGAGUUCAAUGUGACAAAUCCAAAUGAAUUGCCAGAACCUGAAAUCAUAUAUAGAGAAGCCAACAAUUUAUACAUAUUUAAAAUGUCAGAAGAAGAAUGGCUAUAGACUUCUUAGAAAAAACCAUGAGAUUAUCCAUUCUAUAUUUUGUUUAAAAAUAUUAAUAGUUUAUU